GAGAGGAGGGGGCAGAGCUUUAAAUGGCCGCGAAGCUAACCACCGCCACUAGAGUCUAGACUAGAGCCGCCCGCCCGCCCGCCCGCCCGUGUGCCGUUUACCGGAGCACAACACAACGCGGCCCCCUCACGGCGUGGAGUGGAUUGGGCCGACGCCGAUCGAGAGCAGAGGAGAGGAGCGCGGUCGGAUAGGGUUUGUCUGGGUGAGGUUUUGAGCGAGAGCGCAGGGCGAGGGAAGGAGGAGGAGGAGGACUGGCUCCUGGAGGAGGAGGCCGGCCGGGGCUUGGAUGGUCGCGGAGCGCUCCCGUAGGUGGUGUCCAUGGGAAGGUCGUUCAGGGACUCGCUCAAGGUGCUCGAGGCCGACAUCCAGCACGCCAACUCCAUGUGAGUAGCCAAGCUCGCAUUCCUUCUCGCGCCAUGUCCAGUGCUCACUUGCUCAGCUCAGAGGAGACCUUUGACCGGUCCUUGGGAGUUCCAGUGCUUCUGAAUUUAGGAGGGAAUAUGAUGGCGCCUCCCUUCAGAUGAGGAUGGCAUAUUGCCCUGCUGCCCACUUUUUCCUUUUUCUUGUGCAGUGGACAGACUGCAACCUUGCUGGUGCACUUGGGCUGUUGAGGAUUCUAAUUUAUAAGGUUUACGCUGAUGGGACAACCACCAUGUGUACUCAUGAAAGAAAAGCAAGCAUUAGGGAAUUUUAUGCUGUCAUAUUUCCCUCCUUGAUGCAAUUACAUGAAAGAAUCAAUGAAGUGGAGGAUAGAAAACAGAAAGCAAUAUGUCUAGAGAGGUACAGAAGACGAGAUGAGGAUCCGAAAACUGUGGUAUCAGAGAUUGAUGAUAAUAUAGAGGAGGAAUGUGGCAUAUGCAUGGAAAUAAAUGUCAAAGUUGUUCUUCCAACCUGUAGCCACGCUAUGUGCAUUAAAUGCUAUCGUGAAUGGAGGUCAAGGUCCCAGUCCUGUCCGUUCUGCCGCGACAGCCUCAAGAGGGUAAACUCUGCUGACCUGUGGAUAUACACGGACAGCAAGGACAUCGUGGAUAUGGCGACAGUCCGAAGAGAGAACCUGAGGCGACUCUUCAUGUACAUAGACAAGCUGCCCACCGUCAUCCCAGAAUCUGUAUUUGACGUCUACGACUCCCAUGUAAAGUGACGCAGUUGAGCACGUCUGCCAGUUGUUUUAUGUAUUUGCUACGUCUACUGGUGCUGAUUCCUGGGCCUCUGGUGCUGUUGUGCCUUUUUUUUAAAGAGUUUCGAAGCAACUGGGAGCCGAGGAGGCUAAUAUACACUGAAUGUACGUAGAACUUGUUCUAUCAUCUUGUGCCAUGCGAUUUCGGCCUGUAUGGUGGUUUAGGGUCCUAGCAUUUGACGCUGUAUAUGUCAGUGGGGGUAUCAUGGUUAUGGGCUUAUGGCAAGAAAGGUAUAGGCGUUCUCCUGAUGCAUAUUCUGAUCCAUGAUUUUUUUACUCAUGGAUGGAUGGAUGGACUUUGUUUGAAGGUCAGAGGCUAGUCAAAUGCAUGAACUGUCGAAUCAA